AUGGACACGGCAAAUUUACUACCGCUGCUGGAGCAGCUGGAUGACGAUGUGGAUGACCUGGAGGAUGCCCUGCAGCCUUUGCUGGGCAGCUCCUUGAACAAAAUGUCGAAGAACAUGCCCAUAUUCGACAAGGCCAAAAUCCACGUGCUGACAACCUAUACCCUCGAAUCAUUAAUCUUCUCUUAUCUACGACUCCAGGGAGUGGACGCAAAGCAGCACCCGGUCUUCCGGGAAAUCACGCGCGUUAGGCAAUACUUCGAUAAGAUGAAGGCGCUGGAAGAACCCGAGGAACCUGAGCAGCGCACCAUGGUCCUCGACAAGGCAGCUGCAGGGCGGUUCAUUAAGCACGGCCUGGCUGGGAAUGAUAAGAUCGAUCUGGAGCGAGCAGAACGGGAAGCCAAAGAGCGGGCGCGGGCUCAACUCAAAGCCGCAAUGCUUGCGAAGAAGGCUGCGUCUACAGCAGUGCAGGAUUCACCAGCCCAGUCUGAGAGUGUCUAUAGCGCUGUGCCCUCAACUGCCCAACCCAGUGCGGAGGCUGACGAUUCUGACGAUUCUGACGAAGAGAUGGAAGCGGAUGAACCCGCCAAGGACUUCAAAACAGGCGAAGAGUUCAUUGAAUUCGAAACGAAGAAGAAAAAGAAGAAGUCCAAGGAAGACAAGGCUAAACAACGCAAUGAGAGUGGCAAGAAGCAUGGUCGCAAGGCUACCAAGGCAGAGCGCAGACAAGAGAAGAAGGAUAGGCGGCGGAAGAAGGAGGAGAGUCGCAAGGCCAGAGAGGCCAAAUAA